AUUUGUUUAAACAUUUUCUCCCAAAAUCAGUGUUGGGUUUGUCGGUUAGCUUCCUACCGCGUGUUUUUUUCUCGCAUUGUCGUGAAGUUUCAAAGCGAUCAUCGGUCGGAUGCUGAUCGGUCCCGAGGGGUGAUCAUGCCUGAUGCUAGUGCAUUUCACCGAUCAUAAUGAUGGGUUUUGCCUCGCUUCGGAUAAGUUGAAAUAGCAAACGGUUGACCUAUGAGCGUUUAGUGUUAAGUAGCAUUCAUAUGCGUUCACACAUGACGAAGAAGUAGAGGACCCAGAAAGGUGUGUAGGCAUUCAGUGGCGAGCAAUCUUCCGAUCGAUUGAACAAGUCAUGGACCAGGCCAGAUGUAGAUACUUUAGCAUCGUCAUCAUUCGCGUGUAGUAUCACCACAUAUUCACGAGUGGACGGGGCGAUCGUUAGUGAAAGUUGAAAACGAAUUGAUCGAAACAUUUUCAAGUAGUUCGGUGAAUAUCAAGGAGUGUGUCCGCAAUUCGGUUUUUUGGUGAUCGUGAAGGUUUAGUGGGUCGAGUUUUUUCCCAACAUGCCUGUAUUCAUCUGACUCGGUAAUUUUAUGGUGGAAUGAAAAACAACUUUUUGAAGUCCUUUUGGAAAGGAUUGCACAGUGUUAAAUUGAUUAUAAACAUUCGAGCGUUUCAUGGACUUUGUGAUACUUUGAAGUGAAAAAAUAAUUGAAAAAAUUGAAGAAAGAAUCCGAGGGUUAUCGAGAAGUGACAAAUUUCGUUGAUAAGAAACGCAUUUCCUUUACUCAAUUUCAUUUGCUCAGAAAGAUUUUUAAGUGUGUGGCCGCAAGUGUUUUUGAAAACAUUAAGAUAAUCAGUGGAAAAUACAUUUCGACUAUCUACAUCAUAAAAUGGCGGCUGGAAACUAUAAGGGAUUACCGUCGGAUAUGGAUACAGAUAACCAAACACAACAAUACGGCGAGGUCAAUCAAUUGGGUGGAGUAUUUGUGAACGGACGUCCACUUCCGAAUGCAACACGUAUGAGAAUUGUGGAGUUAGCUCGAUUGGGUAUUCGACCGUGUGAUAUAUCCAGACAACUGCGAGUUAGUCACGGUUGUGUAUCAAAAAUACUCGCACGAUAUCAUGAAACAGGAUCAAUACUACCAGGUGCGAUAGGUGGUUCGAAACCGCGUGUAACUACACCGAAAGUCGUCAAUUAUAUAAGGGACCUCAAGCAGAAGGAUCCAGGUAUUUUCGCUUGGGAAAUACGGGACAGACUUCUAUCUGAGGGUGUGUGCGACAAGAACAACGUGCCAAGUGUUAGUUCAAUAUCAAGGAUACUUCGAAACAAACUAGGAAAUAUCUCGCAUGCGAGCCAAACUCCUGCGCAUCAUUCACACCUCUACAACUCAAUCUACUCACCCUACGGUUACAGUAUGAAAUCCACACCUUGCUCGAGUCCGUCGCCGCCACAAACUUCCAUACGAACCACUCAUUGUUGGCCAUCUUCCCACUCAGUCAGUGAUAUCCUAGCCAAUGUCCACCAUCAGGCCACCUUCGCUGCCCUGCGGGGACCAUGUCCAACCACCGGAGCCCCAUUGGGCAUGGGAAUGCCACCGAAUUCAGUCGCUGCAACGACUCUUAUGGAGGAUCAGACGAAUUCCCCACAGCAGCCCUACAACUAUUACAUGUACCUACAGAAUGGUGGGAUGCACCACCAUGGUGGCUUGGCCAGUGCAACUGGCUUAUGAAAAUAGGAUAUUAAAUCACAGUAUUUGCCACGAAAGAAUCAGCCACCUUAGACAUUUCUCGCAACCUUACUUAACGAUCAGUGUACCUCAGGAAGCGGCAAUAGUUCAAAAUAAGUUGGAAGCAACUUUGGGGAUUUGGAAACUUGAUAAACGAUGAAACAAAAUGAGGUCCUAUAAGCACGAACUGUGAAACUUAUCGAUGCACAUCAUUUAAAUUUUGAAGAAAACAUUUCUUGACUCGAUACUUGGUAACAAUAAAUUAUUCAAAAUUUUAUUUAUAUCUUAAAUUAAGUAUUCGGCAGGAUAUUAAUGCGCUUGGGUUAUUUGCUUCCAUUUUGCAUGGUUCGAAACAUAAAUUACAUUGGAAAUAUUUAAAAGCAUAGUUUAGAUUGGGGAUAUUCAUCUGGGGUUAUUUAAAUUGCAUGACUUUCCUUGGGAUGUGACGGCCUUGUUCAUUGAAAAUAAUGGUACAAAUUGUUCGUUCGUUUAUCACUCUUUGAUAUAUAAUAAAUUCAUAAUAAUGACGGUAGUAUUUAUUGCUCUACUUCAAUCACGAGUACUUCCAAUCAUGUGAAUA